AUGCCCUCAACGACGCAACGCAUAAUGUCAAGGAUCCACCUCCAUCAUGACAGGAUCUGGAAAGAGCAGUGGCUGGCCGCCUUCUUCCACAAACCGUGCAACCACGAGCUCUUUGUCCUGCAGUCGCUCAACAUGGAAGAGGCCAUCAAACUGGCAAGAAAGGAUGACAUGGACUGGAUCUUACACGUCGACACCGACGAGCUGAUGUACCCUGCUGGAUCUCCAGGCUUCUCCCUGCAAGAGGUCCUGGGGGCGGUCCCAAGCCAUGUGGACUCCCUUGUCUUCCCAAACCAUGAGGCCCUGCCGGAGAGGGAGGAUGUACUCAACCCCUUCUUGGAGGUCACCCUUUUCAAGAAAAAUUUUCAGCACAUCGUCUCGGACCUGUACUUCAAGAAUUACGUGAGCGUGGCGCACGGCAACCCCAACUACUUUGUGACCUAUGCAAAUGGGAAGGCCGCCGCCCGGAUCCACCCAGGCCUGAGGCCCAACGGAGCGCAUCGGUGGAGCAGCUACGAGAAGAGCAUGGAGGAGUGGACGAGCGAGGUGGCGGCGGUGCUGCACUACACCUACAACCGGUUCUCCGACCUCAAGGGGCGCCGGGAUCGCUGCGACUGUGCGCCCACGGAGGAGGACGCCAAGAGGUGCUUCAUCCUGCCCUUUGACAGGUUGGCAUUCCUGGAGUCUUCGCUGAGGGAUGACAAUGAACUGAAGCAGUUUUUCAGGGAUCACCUGCUCUGGAAACAGGACAAUGUCACCACAGACCUCCUCCACCAGGGCCUGCUCGCUCGGUUGUACGAGCCUCAGGCUGCUACUACUGGCAUGGAGCGUGCACUGGGCACCAUCCUCGGAGGCUUUUCCGGGUUCCUCGUCUUCCAGAUUGGGGAGCUUUUCUGGAAUGAGCAAACGGAUGGCAUGGUGCUCACGGUUGGGGCUUGCGUUGUGUCCUUUGUGGCCAUUCUCGUGGGCCACAAACUGAAGCUGGACACAUCUGCGCGACUCUACAUCAUCACAUUCCUUCUCGUCAUCUUUGGUGCUGACCGUGGUUCAGAUGCUGGCUUACUGGCAUGGAACCGGGUGUGCGGCAUCCUAGCAGGCGUUGUCCUCAUCCUCAUUCUGUCCAUCCUGGUCUUCCCUAAAUCCGCCAGCAUAGAAUGCAUCCGGAAGUCAAACAAGGGGUACAUGUCCAUUGGCGCUGAGGAUGUGGAGGCGCAGGUCCCGGGGUCUGCUGCGGCCGCUGCUGCUCGUGCGGCCGCCGAGGACGCCUUUGAGUCCAAGGUCGAGAAGGUGGUCACCUCGGUGUACCAGUCCUGCUUCAAGCUGAUGGACAACAUGGUGCUGGCAGACGCGGAGUGGUAUGUUGGAUCCUACGCCGGGCGACCCUUCUUCGCCCCUGAUCUGCCCCUCUGCCUGGCGACCAAGACCCAGAUGCCGCUGGAGGAGUUGGCAGCUGUGGGCGUCGGCAUUCGCAGGGUCGCACGCCUCCUCUCCCAGCUGAUCAACACGCUGGGGUAUGGCUUCCGGGCCGAGCUCCAGGAGAUGCUGGGCGAGCAGUUUCCAGAGGAGAUGAUGAGGAAGCUGGGUCUGAGUUGCCAGGCUGUGACCAAGGAAAUGACGAAUGCAUUCCCUUUCUCGCCGGCCAUCAUGCCGGGUCCUCUGGUUGCCUUUGUCUCUACGGUGGCUUCCCUGGUGUCCACCUCUGACAUGCAGCGCCGGCAAAUCAUCCGUGCCCUCAAGAAGUAUAGGACCCAGCGCCCCGACCGGCUGGGGUGGGACCGGCUGGUGGACGCCAUGCUGUCGCACCGGUCCUACCGCCCCCCCGGCUCCCAGGGCGAGGAGCAGGUGGACGUGGCCGGGGCGCAGAGCGCCCCGGCCCAGUCAGCGGGCGCGGCGGGGCCGACGACCGGCCAGUCAGCGGGCGCGGCGGGGCCGACGACCGGCCAGUCAGCGGGCGCGGCACGCAGGGGCUCCCUGCCCAGGGUGCCAGAGGAGGAGCGGGCAGCCGAGGGCGAGGCGCCGGGGCAGGACCGUGCCUCGUCCAGCGAGGCGGGUGUGAAGGGGGCCGAGGCGCCUGGGGCCGAGGAGGAGGAGGGGGCCCGGACGGCAGGCUCCCUGCAGCUGGCGGAGGGCACGGCGCCGCCGGCCAGCGCCUUUGCUCCCUCCAGCGACGAGGGGUGGAGGGGGGAGGAGGGGCAAGAGGCAGAGCCGUCCUCGUCCCUGCUCUUCCGGCUGUCCCUGCCGCGCGCCCCGUCCCCCGAGCCGGCCGGCGCGUCGGACGGGUCACCCAAGCUGGUGGACUGGGCGAGGGCGCGCGUGGGCUCGCUGAGCGAGCGCCUGCCCUCCAGCAGGCUCUCCGUGCACAGCGGCGGGGCCGGCUCCACCGCCGCCGAGGCCAAUGCCAUUGGCCGCAGCUCCCUGCGUGCGGCGGCCGCCGCCGAGUCGAGCCCGGGCCUGGCCGCCCUGCUCGGGCCCGUCAGCGGCCUGGGGGAGCGGGGCAAGGGGCCCACUGCGCGGCAGCUGGCCGCGCUCAACGGAGGGGCAGCCGACCCCCGGCUCCAUGUGUUCCUGUUCCCGGAGACGCCCGAGGGACGAGUCGCGCAGGUGCGGUGGUACUCGUUCCAGUACCUCCUGGAGGAGGUCACGGAGGAGCUCUCGGCGCUGCAGCACGCUUUGAACGACACGCUGGCCAAGCUGCCCUGA